UCACCUCAGAGCUGAUAUGGCUUGCAGCCAGCAAUUAAAUUAGUUUAUUCAUUAGUCUACAGACUACUGCAACUGCAACCUUUUGAUCAUGGCCACAAAAAGCAGGCUAAACAACAGCAAAAGAACAAGAACAACAGCCACCAAGCCCCAAGAUGAUACUUCCAAGCUGCAUUCUUUUUGUGAGGUUGGAAAUCUCUCAGGUGUACGGCAAUACAUCGACAAACUCAGCGACGAGGAGGUACCUGCAAAACUAUCAACGAAGAAAGGUGUAUUUGGCUACACACCUCUCCAUUUAGCAGUGGCUGGUGGCCACAUUGAAGUGCUGAACUAUUUGCUCUCAAAGGUUAGUAAAUCUGAGCUGGUGAAUUGCCAGGCUAACAGUGGUUACACUCCGCUGCAUCUCGCCGCAAGUAGUGGCCACAGAAACUGCAUCAAAGCUUUGCUAACUCACGGAGCAAAUAUUUCCGCAGCGGAUGAGUACAAGAAGACUCCCAAGCAGUCAGCAGAGCUUAGCUCUAAAGCAAGCAUUGUUCGCUUGCUGCGAAGUGAAGAGAUCAUCAAGGAAGUUGAAACCAAUGGUGAAAAUUUGACUGAGCUACUACAACAGGAUCUUUCACAGCUCGAAAAAGACUGUAUAACUCGAUCUCUCCAGGCUGCCACACGAAACAACAAUCCUGUAUCGAUUGGCAAGCUCCUUGUGAAAGGAGCACUCCAAAACAUUGAAGAAUGCAUAGAAAUUUCUAUAGUCGAGAACAAGCCUUGCAGUCGAGGAAUGCUACUUUUGGCAAAGGCUGCAAGGGAUGGCAACAAAUCUAUGGUACAGAAACUGUAUGGGGAAAAUGUUACUAAUCCGCACACUCUUAAUACGAAAUAUUUCAACGACGACAAUUUUCCAGCAGUACAGAAGGUAGUGAUUGAGGGAAAAGUUACAACUGUGGUUCCCAUUGAUAUUGCUCGUAAGUACGGCAAAGAUCAAGUACGUGAAGAGUUGCUAAUCAAAACAGACGUGAAUAAAGAAACUGGGAAUGUUUUUUGGCACGGUCUUCGUUUGCUGAAAUUGGAGAUUCCAUGGUUGAGACGAAUUAGUUGGGUGAAGCGAUUGAGGUUGGCAAGAAAUGGAUUCAAGUCCUUACCACAAGAAAUGGGGUCCUACCUAAAGCAGGUUGUGAAGCUCGAUCUCCAGCACAAUGAAUUGGGCUCAAUACCACGCUGUAUUCUCGAACUACCAAGUCUCGGAGAACUGAAUCUAGCUCACAACUUACUCGAAGAAAUUCCUGAUGUUGUCGAAUGGUCACCUUGCCUGGCUGUUCUGAUCCUCUCUCACAACCAUAUCUCUAAGCUUCCAGACAAUGUGAUUGCUCCAGCCAUAAGAGAACUCAACCUCAGCUUCAACCAGUUUCGCCAAGUGCCUCUCUGUAUUUGUUCCUUCAUGACCCUCCGCCAUCUCAACCUCAGUGAGAACCAGGAAAUUCUUCAGCUGCCUCCAGAAAUGGGACGUCUUAAACAGCUGACUCGAUUGCAACUAGACGGAUUAAAAGAUCUAAAUGAACCACCCAAAAACAUGCUAAAGGACGCAAGACAUUGUGUUCGCUACCUUGAUAGCAAACUCCGCUGUGCCAAAGGAUUCUACAAAAUGAAACUCAUGCUUGUAGGUCAGGCUAAUCGUGGAAAAACGACUCUUGUUGCACGGCUUCAAGGCAAAGACUGUGGAAACGAAUCCACUGUGGGUGUCGAUGUUAGCGAAUGGUCAUACAAACCAUCCCUGGGCAAACACAAAUUUUUCUUCAGCAUCUGGGAUUUUGGAGGACAAGAGGAGUACUACGCCACACACCAGUGCUUCUUGUCGGAAAGAUCACUCUACCUCAUCCUAUUCAACUUGAAACACGGCAAAAAAGGCGUUUAUGAGCUCAAACCAUGGCUGAACAACAUUGCCCUCCGUGCCCCUAACUCGUUGGUGAUUAUCGUGGGUACCCAUCUCGAUCAAGUCAGCGAUGAAGAGAGAGCUAAUGUAGACUCUACCCUACAAUGUGCUGGUCAAAUAGUCGGGUCAUACUCAAACAAGUUGAACAUUGCCGAAAUUAUGCCUGUUGGACUAACUGGACGAAUCGAAAACAUUGGACUUCUCAAAGAGGCAAUCUACAAUCAUGCUGCAAACUACACUAUACGUGACCAAGUAAUUAUGGGUCGGAAGAUUCCCGCAAGCUACCAUGCUCUUGACAAACAAAUUGAGGUUAUUCAAGGAGAAAUAAGGCAAGGAGAAAAAGAUCCAAUUAUGACCUCGGAACAAUUCAAGGCAAUGGUUCUUGAGCAAAACCUUCCAGAUCUGCACGAUGAUGAUGAGCUGCAAACUGCCACUAUUUUCCUCACUAACGUAGGCUCACUGCUUCACUAUGACGAUAGAAGCCACAAUCUCAACGAGCUCUACUUUGUCGAUCCAAGGUGGCUCUGCGAUAUGAUGUCCAAAGUGAUCACGAUCAGAGAAAGAAAUCCAUUUGUGAAGAAUGGAAUACUGAACAGUAAAGAUAUUCCAUCUCUAUUCAGAGACAAGCAAUUCCCAUUAGAACAUUUUGAGCAAUACCUCACCCUUCUCGAUCGAUUUGAGAUUGCCCUCCCCCUCGACAACAGAAGAAUGCUCAUCCCUUCCAUGUUGCUGUCAACCAGCCCACAUGAAGAAGCCUCAACUGAACCUCUGUACACUCGUUACAUUGUAUUCACGAAGGCUGCAACACCUCCAGGAUUUUGGAGUCGCCUUCUCUCCAGAAUAAUGCACUCAGUGCAAAAAAUAAUUGUUGCUCUCGAUAAGACACACACAGCAGCAACCCAGGAAGAGGCAGCCCCUGAUCAUGAAGAAUAUACUGAAGUGCCUGAGAAAUCAAAACUAUCAGUCGAAGUCACAGAUACUCCAAAAUCAUCUGACGAUGAACCCUCAAUGGAUGUUGAUAAGGAAAACAUGCCAGAACCCACAACACCCACGGCAGAAAUUGCGACAAGUUCGAUCCCCUUAUCAUUACCAGUUAAUGAAGUAAUUCUUCCAUUUUGUUUCUCUCACUUUCCUGCUAAACUGCCCAUCAACUUGCAAAACUCCUAUGCAAAGGGAGACAUCACACUGAAGUACUGGCGAGAGGGACUGCUCUACAGCGAUCCUGAGGUCCUGUUCCGAAUCGAAUCCUUCUUGAGUUUAAAAAAUAAUGGAGACGGUGUUGUACUGCGAGCCUCUUGUACCAACGAGGGAAAGCAAAUUAUCGGCCAACUUGUUGAUAUCGUCCUCUCUCUCAUUCAAGAAUGGUAUCCAGGUAUCAGUGACUCAAGUCACGGUGGCUCUGGAGUUGGUCAGAAGGUUCUGUGCAUUGAGUGCAUGAAAAUGGAAAGAUCUAAACCAUUCAAAUUUCAAGUUGAGACAUGUCUCAAAGCGAUUGCCAACAGCGAGACAAGUAUUAAAUGUGGCUACGAGGAAGUCCCAGACCAGAACCACACAGUGCCUCUCACGGACGUAGUUCCAGACCUUCUGCUACAAGAUAUUGAUUUGAAGUUUCUUUUAAAAGAAGAAGACCUCAUCUAUACAGAAGACAGAGCUAGUCUUCUUGGAAAAGGUGGAUUCGGAAAAGUGUACUCUGGAAAAUGCUAUGGCAAGCCGGUAGCUAUCAAGAUGUAUCUUUCAAACAAAGAGGAUGUAUUUUCUGAGCUGCGUCUGGAAGCAAAAUUACUUCAACAAUCUUACCACCCCUGUUUCGUUUGUCUAGCUGGAGUGUGCAUUUACCCAAUGAUGGCUCUAGUUUUAGAGUUAGCUCCACUCGGAAGUCUCAAAUAUCCUCUGCUGACAAAAAAAAUGGCAGUACAUCGGCUCACUAUCUUCAGAAUAGCAUUGGAAGUAGCGGCAGCUCUUCGAUUUGUCCACAAACAAGGAAUAAUAUUCCGAGAUCUCAAAGCUGACAACGUUCUUCUCUGGACACUGAAUCCGGAUUCUCUCUGCCACUGCAAAAUCACUGAUUUUGGUAUUGCCACCCAUCUCUCCCCAGUUGGCGUCAAAGGACUAAAAGGAACAAAAGGAUUCAUAGCUCCCGAAGUGCUACAUAUCGACAAGAGAAAACAACGCUCUGGAUACAACCACAAGGCUGACACAUUCUCCUAUGCGAUGCUACUCUACCAGAUGAUCGCUCGAACAAAUCCAUAUGGGGACAUUGCUGUACAAAGAAUUGAUUCUUGUAUUGAGACUGGAGAGAGGCCUAAACUAUCGAAUGUAAACGUUGCUCACUGUGCUUUCCUCUACCUCACUAAACUAAUGAUGAAUUGCUGGGAGCACAACCCCAAGAAUCGACCCGAAGAUGACAUGCUACUUAAAAACCUUAGUCAACCAGCUAUGCAAUGCACCAUGGCAGUUACUCCUGUGAAGAGCACCCUCUCCUUGCGCAGAGCCAUUGCCAUCACUCAAAACGAAUUGGCAGAAGCUGAUGUCAUUAGUAUGAACAGCGAGCUCUGGGUGUGCUGUGAUGGACCUGUUGGAGCUGAGGUAAACAUGUACAACACUCACACAAUGGCCAAAGUUAAAACGUGUGCUGUGAAUGACAACCAAGUGCAUGCCGUUAUCAAAUGCUGCAAUCACGUUUGGAUUGGGUUCAGAGUUGGAAUCGAAUGUAGUGUUAUCAACAUAUUCAGUAUACACGGCAAAGAACUUGUGCACAACAUUCGUAUGCGAGACAUUUCCGUAUCGUGCAUGGCUUGCACAAACGAGUCAGUUUACAUUGGUACAGUGGAAGGCUACUGUUUUCAAUUUCCGAGUCAUAUCGAUAAAGUUCGUUCAAUUGGAAAGCCAGAGCUCAAGUACAUAUCAAAGAGUACAAUUGACGGCAUAGCUUGCACUCAACAGUGUGUUUGGGCAUCACAUGGCAAUAACAUCUACUUCAUCACCUUCGAAGGCCUCAGACUUAUCGGAUCUGUGGAGAGAGAUAGUGAUGCUUUCAUUGGCCAACUAUCCCCCUCUCCGGACGGCAAGAUUGUCUGGAGUGCCCAACUCAAUGGAGGCCAACUACUCACCGCCUGGGAUACUGACCAACAACGCCAUGCCUUUGAUGUGGAUACAAGCAAGCACUUGGCAACAAUCUCUGAAGAUAUUCUAGAAAAAGAUAGAAUCAUCACAGCCAUGGUACCUGCUGAAGACUGUGUGUGGGUGGGAAUGGCCACAGGGCAUAUCCUAGUUUGCAAUGGUAAGGACCUCCUCACUUGGUUUCAUCCGUACACAGAGUAUGUUCGCUUCCUCACUGUACUUCCGUGCUCUGGACCGUGUGAGAUGGAGCAAUGUAUGGUCGCCAGUGGAGGCAAAGGCUUCCAAUCUAUGAUCGAGGAUCUUAACCAAGCUGUUGUUGUUAAGGACGACGAGAAAGGACAAGAACUUGAGGAGGAUUACGAUGGAAAAGGAAGCUGUCUUGUUCUCUGGGAGGCUUUCCACUCCAAAGCAUACAGACAAAUGAGUUUGAUUGAGAAGAACUCUCCAGCGAUGUUUGAGAACCAUAACAGCAUCAGCACAAUUAUUCAGGAAGGACAAUUUGUGGACGGCACUAACAUCUUGCAGAGAGAUGCCUCCGAAUCAGAUGACAGUGAUACCAUUGUGUACGAGCCUGAUCUCAAUGCUAAACCUUAUCAAGACACAAACUACGAAACUGAAACCGUUAGUACAGAAUCUGAUACCACCUUUUCUGAUCUCACUAGAUCUACAGUCCUCACAUGCACACGCAGUAGAGAUGUUUCAAACCCAACUCCUAGCUCUAAUUUUUCCAGUGAUUAUCUAGCCUCAGAAGAAGAAGUGCGGCCUGAGAUCGAGACUAGUGAUUACCUGGACCCAUUUGUAAGUGGAAGUACAUUCCGACCAAGAACUACCACUAUUGUGAGUAAAAGCAGACGAGUUUCUACUGAUGCAGUUUUUGAGAUAAAACUGCACUCAACAAAGCAGACUGUUCGCAUCACGUGCCCAAGCCCUCCCCAGCUGACAGUUUUGCUGAGAAAACUUUUGGCUGAUGCUUCCGCUAAUGAAAACGAUAGCAAGCUGGUGUACUAUACAGACACAGAUAAAGAGAUGGAGAUAAAAUCACAAGAACACUUCAAGAAGUAUUUGAUGUUCGAGAACAAACCACAACUAUGGCUAGCAACUUUUUCUAGAGCAACUCGUAAUUAGUUUUUAGUUUGUAUACUGUGUAGUGUGUGUUUUCUGUACUGAUAUGCAUCGUAAUUAUGUUAUUA